AUGAAUCUCAUUUUCUAUUUGCUACUUUUGUUCGGCUCUGAAAUGUUGUGUGAACGAACACGUUUGUAUGAAACUUUGAAAGAUCCAGGCGAAUAUUAUAAUUCUAUUUAUGGAACUCCAAUCAGAAGAAAGGUAAGGUUUUAAUUUUCCAAACUCAAAGUGUUUAUCUUGUGAUUUUUCAGAGAGCCACCUGUGGGGAGGAUUGUGGAGAUUUGGUAAAAUCUUCUUCCCCUAUGAUAGACGGAUUAGAGUCAUCAGAGAACUUCGAUAUCAGCUAUAGUAAUAAUUCUGAUGGUUGUGCUGUUGCUGAUAUAACAUGCAUUGGUGGUGAAAUGGCAACAUUGGGAUAUGAAAUAUUGGGAGAAGGAACAACUGUGAGUUGCCUGGUAAUCAUUUGUGCAAAAUUUAGAUUCUUCAGAUAAAUAUGGGAACUGAUGAUGUAAAUAUUCUUGAUGCUCAAUUAACUUGUUAUGAAUAUGGUUGGAAUGCUAAUCUUGCUUCAUUGGUUAUUACUGAUAAUAAGAUUUAUUGUGAUGGUAAGGAGAAUGUUUUAUUAUACGUUCUCAAUGUUGUUUUCAGUUCUCACACAAAUUCCAACUACACCUGGCCCUGAAACAACUACUGAAUUGACAACAACUCCAGAAUUAACAACCGAGGCGGCCACUUCACAAGUCACUACAGAAAUUACAACGACGGUACCAGUAACGUCAGAAACAUCGUUGGAAACCACUACAAAACUGCCGACAACAUUCGAAACCACUGUAUUAUCAACUUCUGUUGAAGUAACAUCGACAACAGAAUCGAUUACUUCAACUUUACCAGCUUCAACAUCAGAGUCUGUGACAACAACAAUUCAACCAACAUCUGAAGCGACAACUUUCGCAGACACGACAACACAAGCAGUUACCACUGUGUCAGUGACAACAGAUUUAUCGACUACCAAAGAAUCUACAACUCCUGAAAUUACUACCGUGGAAGUCACGACAGAACGAUCAACGACUCAAGAAGCCACAACAAUUUCUUCAACCACUGAAGCCGUGACCACAACUGAAGUUUCGACAUCACAAUUAACAACAGUUCAGUCAACAACUCUUGAAGUUACUACAGAAGGAACAACGACGGAAAAAUUCACAACCACGGAAUCUCCUACAACUGAAAUCACUACUCCUGAAGUUACCACAGAACAAUCAGUCACAACAACCUCUGAAUAUACAACUAUUCUGACAACCGUAGAAUCUACAACUCCAGUGCAGACAACAGCGCCGUCGACCACCACUGAAGAUACAACAGUUUUGACAACCACAGAACAAUUGACAACUCCUGAAAAAACUACGAUUCAAUCAACAUCGGAGCUAACAACGGAAAAAUCUACAACUGUCGAAGUUACUACGAUUCUGACGACAACCGAAGAGUUAACCACACCAGAAGUAACUACUGUUCAAUCUACAACUCCAGAAAUCACUACAUUGGAAACAACAACUGAAACGUUGACAACAGUUCCAGCAACCACGGAACAAUCCACGACACCAGCAUUAACGACUGUUGAAUCAACAACUGAGGCCUUGACAACUUUUGAUGUUACUACUGAUAUUUCCACCAGCGUUGAAGAUACUACUGUUCAAUCAACUACUGAACUUUUGACAACAAUUGAAGUUACCACAGAACAAUCAACAACACCAGCAGAAACAACAAUUGAAUUAACAACUGAAUCGUUAACUACCUUGGAGACCACAAACGAAAUCACAACUGAAGCAACUUCAACUCCAGCAAUCACAACAGAAGAAUCAACCACUAAUGAAGCCACAACAAUUUUAUCAACAACAGAAGAAUUGACUACUCCUGAUUUUUCAACGAUUCAAUCAACAACCGAGACAUUAACCUCUACUCCUGAAAGCAAAACAGAAGAAUCAACUACAAUGGAACCAACAACUGAAGAUGUUUUGACUACUUCAGUAAUAACUACCUUGGAAACAACAACAAUUCAAGAUAGCACAAUUUUAUCAACAACAGAAGAUUUAUCAACAACCGAAAUCACGACUGUACAAUCAACAUCUGAUGUUACCACACCAGAAGCUACAACAGAAUUGACCACAUCUGAAGUAUCAACGGUUGAAUCAACAACUGACGAUUUGACAACUUCAGAAGCAACCACUCUUGAAUCAACAACAUUCUCAGAUAGCACAGUGAUUUCAACCACAGAAGAACAAACAACAUCAGAUAUAACCACUCUUGAAUCAACGUCUCAAGUUACUACUGAACAAUCAACUACUUUGGAAGCCACCACAAUUUUAUCAACUACAGAAGAAGUCACUUCAACAGAAGCAACAACAUUCAUAUCAACCACUGAAGAUUUGACGACUUCUGAAAUCACGACUGUGGAAUUAACAACUGAAGUUACUACAGAAGCAUCAACGACACCGGAAGCGACCACGUUUAUAUCAACCACCGAAGAUUUAACGACACCUGAAAGUACGACUGUGGAUACAACAACUGAAGUUACCACAGAAGAAUCAACUACACCAGAUGCUACUACGUUUGUAUCAACCACUGAAGAUUCGACGACACCUGAAAUCACAACUGUGGAAUCAACAACUGAAGAUUUGACGACUUCUGAAAUCACGACUGUGGAAUCAACAACUGAAGUUACCACAGAAGAAUCAACUACACCCGAAGCUACCACGUUUGUAUCAACCACUGAAGAUUUGUCGACACCUGAAGUCACGACUGUGGAAUCAACAAUUGAAGCAACCACAGAAGCAUCAACUACACCAGAAGCUACUACGUUUGUAUCAACCACUGAAGAUUUGUCGACACCUGAAGUCACGACUGUGGAAUCAACAAUUGAAGCAACCACAGAAGCAUCAACUACACCAGAAGCUACUACGUUUGUAUCAACCACCGAAGAUUUAACGACACCUGAAAGUACGACUAUCGAAUCAACAACUGAAGUUACUACAGAAGCAUCAACGACACCGGAAGCGACCACGUUUAUAUCAACCACCGAAGAUUUAACGACACCUGAAAGUACGACUGUGGAUACAACAACUGAAGUUACCACAGAAGAAUCAACUACACCAGAUGCUACUACGUUUGUAUCAACCACUGAAGAUUCGACGACACCUGAAAUCACAACUGUGGAAUCAACAACUGAAGAUUUGACGACUUCUGAAAUCACGACUGUGGAAUCAACAACUGAAGUUACCACAGAAGAAUCAACUACACCCGAAGCUACCACGUUUGUAUCAACCACUGAAGAUUUGUCGACACCUGAAGUCACGACUGUGGAAUCAACAAUUGAAGCAACCACAGAAGCAUCAACUACACCAGAAGCUACUACGUUUGUAUCAACCACUGAAGAUUUGUCGACACCUGAAGUCACGACUGUGGAAUCAACAAUUGAAGCAACCACAGAAGCAUCAACUACACCAGAAGCUACUACGUUUGUAUCAACCACCGAAGAUUUAACGACACCUGAAAGUACGACUGUGGAUACAACAACUGAAGUUACCACAGAAGAAUCAACUACACCAGAUGCUACUACGUUUGUAUCAACCACUGAAGAUUCGACGACACCUGAAAUCACAACUGUGGAAUCAACAACUGAAGAUUUGACGACUUCUGAAAUCACGACGGUGAAAUCAACUACUGAAAUUACGACAGAAGAAUCAACUACACCAGAAUCUACUACGUUUGUGUCAACCACUGAAGAUUUGACGAGUAUACCUUCGACUACCGAUGAAUCAACCACUUUAGAAUUAACAACACUUGAUACAACAACAAUUCAAGACAGCACAGUUCAAUCAACUACUCAAGAUUCGACAACAAUUGAAAUAACCACAGAAGCAUCUACUUCUGAAGCCACUACCUUUGUAUCCACAACACCUGAAGUUAGCACCAUCCAAUCAACUACUGAGGAUUUCACAACUUCAGAGUUAACGACGCUUGGAACAACAACAUUCAAAGAAACCACAAUUUUAUCCACGACAGAAGAUUUAACAACAACAGAAGUUUCUACUGUUCAAUCAACAACUGAACUUCUUACAACAAUUGAAAUCACCACAGAAGAAUCAACAACAUCUGAAGGAACGACUAUUCCAUCUACAACGGAACAGUCCACGCCAUCUGAAACUACAAUUGAAAGUACCACUGUUCAGUUGACAUCAACGCCAGAAUUAACAACAGAGGCUUCUACAACACCAGAAAUCACCACAGUCCCAUCGACAACCGAAGAACAAACUACACCAGAUGUUUCAACAACGGAGAUAACGACGGAACCAUCGACAACUCCACAAGUCACCACAGUUCAAUCAACUACUGAAGUUACAUCUGAGCCAACCACUGAAGAAUUAUUGACAACAGAAUUCACUACAGUUCAAACAACCGAAGAGUCAACAACACUAGAAAUAACUACACAAUUUAUUUCAUCCACUGAAAUUUCAUCAACAACCGCAGAAUCUACAUCAUCUUUAGUUACAACAAUUCCAACAUCUUCGUGUUGUCCAACAAAUGGAUUCUGGAGUGAAUGGGUUGCAGAUGGUCCUUGCCCAACAACUUGCGGUUCCUGUUCUCAACAAAUUUAUCGUCGAACUUGUCUUUCUGGUGAUACUUGUCCAUGCACAGGUUCCGAUGUCAAAAUUCAAAACUGUGGAAUCGGAGUCUGCUAUUAUCCUGCCAAUUCUUGUUGCACUGGAUAUACCGCCACAGUUAAUGGAACAGAUCAUAUUUGUGGACCACAGGUAACAUUUAUUAGAAAUUCGAGAAAAUCAAAAAACAAUUUCAGCCAAGUGUAUCAACAAGUUCAAAUAGUGAAACAUGUUGCCCUGUCGGUGGAUAUUGGGGAAUUUGGAGUGAAUGGUCUUCAUGUUCAGGUGGUACAGCUUGUGGAACUGUAAGUUAAAGAAAUAAUAACUUUAAAGAUUCCUAUAACUCAACAAGUUUUAGUGUGAUGGAAGUCGAACUCGCACAAGAUCUUGUGAAUCAACUUCUUUCUGCCCUUGCAGUGGUGACUCAUCAGAAACUGAAACUUGUAGAACUUUGGCAGAAUGGUCAGAAUGGACGGUUAGUUCUAGAAAUUUAAUUUUCUAUCAAAUAUUCAUUUUUGAAUUUUAUAGACAACCGACACAUGUAAUCAAACAUCUUGUGGAGCUUGUCAAACUUUAACCUACACCAGAACUUGUCUCAAAACUGAUGGAUGUUAUUGCAUGUGAGUUUCUCAUUGUCAUGCUUUUCAAAUUUCCGUUAUCAUAUCCCGAAACAUAUAUUUUUUUGUUUCUAGGGGUUCAACAACAAAAACCGAAACAUGUAAUAGAACACCUUGCUCUUCUGGAACAGUAUGUUGCCAAAAUCUCACUGUUUCAACAAUCGAUAGUCUCUCAAUUUGUGGGCCAUUAGAGGAUGCUUCAGUUACCGAAAAUCCAGUCCCCUGUUCCACAACUACACCUGGUUGUUGUGUUUUAGGAGGAGUUUGGUCUGAAUGGUCAUCUGGAGAUUCGUGUAAUGAUACUUGUGGUAACUGUGGAAUUCAAGUUUUGACUCGAGUUUGUCUUUCGGAAGAUUAUUCAUGUUCUUGCAGGUAAGGGUAGUUCUGAAGAAAACAAAUUAAUUGAAAGAAAUUUUCAGUGGGAGCAGCACUAAAAAUGCAGAAUGUGCUCCUGUUCAAUGUGCCUUCCCUCGAACUUCGUGUUGUGGAAACCGAUCAAAAAUCAUUGUGAAUAAGAAAUUCUUAUGUUCUUCUACGGUAAGUUUUAUUGUGAUAUCCAUAGUUUAAAAUAAAACAUAUUUUUAGGAUGAUGAUGACAUUCCUGCUUCAACCUUGUGUUUGAAUGAUUGCUGUCCCUCAACUGGUGGAUAUUGGUCAGAAUGGUCAAGUGGAGGAAGUUGUUCAACAUCUUGUGGAUCUUGUUCGACAGUAACGCAACGAAGAGUUUGUCUAUCUCCAUCAUCUUGUGAUUGUGUGUAAGUCAAAAAAAAACCCUAAUUUUUUUUGAUAUUCUUCAAAACGAAUAUUCUUGCAGUGGAGAAACUACUCGUGAAGUGAAUUGUGGAAUUGGAGUUUGCUAUUAUCCAUCAGAUUCUUGCUGUUCUGGUUAUACCGCAACAGUCAACGGGACUGAACAUAUUUGCGGACCCCAGCCAAAUUAUGAUACCACUCCAACACCGUACAUUGAAUCUUGCACUUCGACAACCACAAGUUCUUCAUGUUGCCCAGAGACUGGUAUUUGGUCGGAAUGGACAACCUCGCCAACACAAUGUUUGGAUUACUGUGGAUCUUGUGGAAAUCAAACAAAAACGCGAACUUGCACUUCAGAUAGUUAUGGAUGUCCGUGCAAGUAUGUUUCAUUGAUGUUUGUUGAAUAAUGUGUUCGAUGUUCGUUAUUUACAGAGGUGAAUCAACAAUCACUGAACUUUGUGGAACAGGCGUCUGCUAUUUUCCAAGGCUUAGUUGUUGUCCCGGUUACGCGGCUACUGUAGUUGGCACCAAUCAUGUUUGUGGACCUUUAGUAAGUGAUAUUUUUGAAUUUAGCUCUGAAAUAAUGAUUUUUUAGACAAAUAACACCGAUCCAGAUAAACUUAAUACUUGUGGAGUAUCGUGUUGCCCAUCAAAAGGAAUCUGGGGAGAAUGGACAACAUCUGUGCCUUGUUCGGAUACUUGUGGUUCUUGCGGGAAAGAAACUCGAACAAGAAAAUGUCUUUCUUUGGAAUAUGGUUGCUCCUGCGAGUAAGUUUCAAAAUGGGGUAGCUCUUUCGAGAAAAAACCCUCGGAAUAGUGAGAAGAUAAUCUGCUUACUAGAAAUUAUGAAUUAAAUGUUUUAUAUAAUUCAAAAAAAAUUCCUUAUCUGCUCUAAAAUACUUAUAACAUUUUCCAGAGGAGACAGCACAAGCACUAUUACUUGCGCAAUAACACCCUGCCUCUUCCCAAGAACAUCGUGUUGUACAGGAUUCAAGAAAAUGAUCAAUGCAACUGCAAGAAUAUUUUAUUGUGGCCCAUUAACUUCAACAACGGAAUUGGCUCCAGAACAAACAACAUGUUGUGAUCCGGAGAAAAAAGGUUUAUGGAAUGAAUGGAAAUCUUGGACUACUUGCACAGCGACUUGUGGACUUUGUGGAACUCAAAGUCGAAAUCGAACAUGUGCUUCUGAAGCUUAUGGAUGUGCAUGCACGUGAGUAUUGAUUUUUUGAAAAUUGGAAAUACGUUUCUUGUGAGCAUCACAUCUCCGAGCCCACCGACGAAACAAAUUUUGAAAAGUCAAGAUCAAAAGAUCAAAUCCAAAUCAAACAACUAUUGCUAUUUUAACAAAGUCAUCCCCCGCUCCAAAAGUUCAAGUCCAAAGACUAUGUUUUCCAGCGGUGAAUCUGUUCAAACACAAUCAUGCGGAAAUCCAAUUUGUACAACUGGCAAUCAAUGUUGUAGUGGAAAAUUUGUUGCCACAGGCUACGAUGGAAACAAAUAUUGUCAAAAUAGUCAACCGGAGACUUGCCAAGGGACUUGGACUGAAUGGGCUAUCCCAACUGGUUCCUCUUGCAAUGAUACUUGCGGAAAUUGUGGAAUCGUUUCUCGCACCCGUUAUUGUUUCCCAUCAGGUUGUCAAUGCUCUGGAGAUUUCACUGAAAAUUCAGCGUGUGCCAAUACACCGUGCUUAUUCCCCAGAACUUCUUGUUGUACUCCAUACACCAAAAAGAUAUCUAACAAAAAAUUUAUUUGUGGAUAG